AUGCGAACUACUCCUCCGGGACAACAUGGUCCCAAGAAAUUAAAAAAGAAAAAAAUUUCUCCUUAUGGUAUCCAAAAUCGCGAAAAACAAAAGAUACGCUUUUCUUACGGUCUGAAAGAAAAACAAUUAAAAAAUCUCUUUCUUAAAUUACAAGGAAAAAAAGGCAACACCGCUCAACUUAUAUUAACUUAUUUAUAUCAUUUCCUUGUCAACCAAGCAAAAAUAAAUAAGCCUGGUUAUUUGGUAGAACCCCAAGAUAUUAUUACCUUAACCAAAGCAAUGCACGAUAAUAAAUUAAUUAAACAACAAUUGGAACAAAAGGUUAAGACGGCGGAUUUUUUGAAACUAGAUAAAGAAAAACUAGAAAUUACUUAUCUUCGUCAUCCUUCCAUGGAAGAAUUAGAAAAAGAGAUUGAAGGAAUUGAUUUUGCUUCGGAUUUGAAGUCCCAAGUAGUCACGGUUUUAAAGUCUCCGCACAAACAUAAAAGAGCCCAAGAACAUUUAGGGAGAAUAACCCAUCGGCGUUUAAUCCAAGUGGUAAACGCUUCCUUUGUGGAUUUGAAUAAAGCUGGUUUAACGGGCUCUUAUCCACAAAUUUCGCGGGGAGUUCAAGUUAGGAUAAAGCAAUCUCCAAGCCAAAAAAAAGUUAAUAAAAAUCAAAUCAUAUCUACUAACGAAAAACAAGAUAUUUACCCUUAUAACGAAAAGAGUUUGGUAACUUCUAAGCAUAAUUACGAACGAGCCGACAAUUACAAUCCGUCAGCGGAAUUAAAAUUUGAAGAAAAUGGGAAAAAAUUAAGCGAAUUAUUUUUAGGAGUCUUUUGGUUUUGGCAAAAAAAACUGGCUGGACAGCAAGCAAAAUUAAAACAGACCCAAAUUAAACAGCAAAAAAAAGAAAUUAAUUUUACCACCCACGAAGAAAAAAAUCGCUUAACGCAAAUUACUCUAGCCAACCAAACAAAAAAUCUUCAACAGGAAGAAAAAAGAGUAAAUGAUUUAAAAAUUUCGCAAAUGGAGGAAAAAGAAGCCCAAGAAACUCUUUUUUUGCGUUUAAAAGAAAAAAUCAAAGACAACUUGGAUAAACAAGCCCAAAAAGAAAUCAAACGUAGCCAAGCCAAAAUUGAAGAAGAAACCACCAAAAUUAUCUGCUUAGCCUUGGAAAAAUACAGCUCAGAACUGGUAUAUGGCCGAACCGUCAGCCAUUUGAAAAUAGAGGAUAGUCGUAUCAUGGGACGAAUCAUUGGGCGGGAUGGCCGCAAUAUUAACCUUUUUCGCAAAAUUACGGGAACCGAGGUUUUAAUCCCUGAAAAAAUUGCUACCCGUACUUUACAACGUUUAAUUAAUGAACAAAAAAUUAGCCCUUUACAAAUUGAAAAUAUUUUUCAAGAAACCAGCCAAGAAAUAGAGGAAAUUAUUUUACAAAGCGGAGUUGAGGUUUUGGCUGAACUACAAAUCGGCUCCAUUCAUCCGGAAUUAAUAAAAUGCUUAGGUAAAUUAAAAUUUCGUACCAGUUAUGGGCAAAAUGUUUUAGAGCAUUCUUUGGAAGUAGCCAAACUAGCCGGGUCUAUUGCGGCUGAAUUAGGUUUAGAUAUUAAUUUAGCCCGGCGGGCUGGUUUAUUACAUGAUAUCGGCAAAGCUAUUGAAGACGAUGGCCUUUCUCAUGUAACGAGUGGUAUAGCUUUGGCUAAACAAUAUAAAGAGUCCGCCGUAGUUAUUAACGCCAUUGCUUCCCAUCAUCGGAACUUCCCGGCGGAUAAUCCUUAUUCUUUAAUUGUUUCCGCCGCCGACACCCUUUCGGCCGCUCGUCCCGGAGCCCGGGGUCAACAGUUAGAAGCCUAUAUCGCCCGCAUGGAAAAUUUAGAAAAGUUAGCCCACGAACUUCCCGAAGUAGAAAAAAUUUAUGCUUUCCAAGCCGGGCGGGAAAUUUGGGUGAUAGUAAACGCUCAAAAAGUUAACGAUUAUCAACUUUUAGAAAUUUCUGAAAUACUACAAAAUAAAAUUCGCGAAAGAGUUAUUAUUCCGGGGGAAAUAAUCAUUUCGGUUUUACGAGAAACUAAACUCAUUAAAAAAAUGAAUACUUUUUCGCAAAUUAGUAGCCCCAAAAAGAAGCAAAAUAAAUAA